AUCUCAAUUCGUCAAUUUUUGACGUUCGCAAAAAAUAAAAUCAGCAUGUUUGUGUGAAUUUAAUUAAUCGCAAAAUGAGACUGGUUGCAGCAGUUUGUGGUCUGCUUUUGCUUAUGACAACUUGCUUAACCCAAGAUGAAGAGUCACCCGCCGACGGCAGUGAAGAAAAACCUGCCGGCCCUACACAGUGUUACUACUGUAAGUACUCGUGCAAGAAGCCUCUUAUGACUCAGGACUGUAAGAGGGGCCAGGACGCAUGUCGUGCGCAUGUUAUACGUGACAGCUUCGAUACUCUAGAGGAAACAAGAGGUUGUGUUAGCCAGGAUUGGUCUAAGGGGAUGUGCGUCAACACUACGAACGGUAGAGAAAAGUGUUUUCUCUGUUUCGAAAACUUUUGCAAUGGGGGGCCGCUAACGGUUGUUGGGCCGAAGAGUUCCACAGACCAAUCGCUACAAGUGCAUUUGUUAUCCUGGGUUUUGUGUUUUGCAGCCUUCUGGUAUCUUUGAAUUAAAUAAUUGCGAAAUUA